AUGGCUUCCUCAUCCGCCGUCGGCAAAGUCUCGCGUGAGGAGUUUAGGCGUCAAAAGGAUCUUGAUGCAGCGCGAAAAGCGGGUACAGCGCCUGCAGAGCUUGAUGCGGAGGGCCGUGCGAUCAACCCACAUAUUCCUCAGUAUAUCUCGCAAGCCCCUUGGUACCUUGACACAGGAAAACCUUCAUUAGAUCACCAGCGGAAAUCUGAGGCACCUGUAACUUCUGAUAUCGACAAAUGGUAUGAUCGAGGCAAGAAGGGACCGACAGCUACGAAGUACCGUAAAGGUGCAUGUGAGAACUGCGGCGCCAUGACGCACAAGAAACAAGAUUGUCUUGAACGACCUCGAAAGAAGGGUGCAAAAUAUACUGGAAAAGACAUUGCACCUGAUGAAAUCCUCCAGGAGGUGGCUGAAGGCUUCGAUGCUAAGCGUGACCGCUGGAAUGGAUAUGACGUCUCGCAGCAUCGCAAGAUCUAUGAUGAGUACGCUGCUGUUGAGGCUGCCCGACAAAAGAUCCGCGAGCAGGAGAUUGACUCACAGACGACGACUGAUCUUGCUGCAGUGCGCAAGGUAGCCAAAGCGGGUAAAGGCGAGGGCGAGGGCGCAGAUCCGGACUUCGGUUCAAGCGACGAAGAAGAUGAUGACGAAGAAAAGUAUGCGGAUGCAGCAGAUGCUGUUGGCCAGAAGCUCGACACAAAGACGCGAAUCACCGUGCGCAACCUGCGUAUCCGGGAGGACACCGCGAAGUAUCUCGUUAACCUUGAUCCAGACAGCGCUUACUACGAUCCGAAGACUCGUUCAAUGCGUGACGCUCCUCGAAAAGAUGUUCCUGUUGAAGAGGCAAAGUUUGCCGGAGACAACUUCCUUCGAUACUCAGGCGAUGCACCCGAAGUGCAAAAGCUACAGCUCUUCGCUUGGCAAAGCGCUGCCCGCGGCAACGACGUUCAUCUCAACGCGAACCCAACACACGGUGAGAUCUUGCACAAGCAGUUCCGCGAGAAAAAGGAAGAACUCCGCGACACUCAGAAAGUCGGUAUUCUCGCUAAGUACGGUGGAGAACAGUACCUUGAGAAAGCUCCGAAAGAGCUUCUCCAGGGCCAGACUGAAGAGUAUGUGGAGUACUCGCGUACUGGGCAAGUCAUCAAGGGACGCGAGCGCGUGAAAAUCCGGUCCAAGUAUGCAGAGGAUGUCUACAUCAAUAAUCAUACUGCUGUCUGGGGAUCCUGGUAUGACAUAUCGACAGGGCAGUGGGGCUAUGCAUGUUGUCAUUCUACGAUACAUGUGUCAUACUGCGCUGGUCGUGCGGCUAUUGAAGCGGCACAGGCCACCAGCGCACAGGCAAUGCUCAAUUCUGCCCCUCCCUCAUCAUCUGCUGCCUCGUCCUUGCCAGCCAAAUCCCUUGUUGAAUCACACCAGAAACGUAAACGGACGCUCGGCGAAGGCGAUGUGCAACUCGACGAAGCUCGAUUAGCGGAGGCCAUCGCCGAGGAACGCAAGCGUAAACUACGCGGUGAUGAUGACAUGGACGAUGACGACCGUGGGCGAAAAAAGAAAUAUAACAGUGCGCUCUCAACUGGUAAGGGCGAUAGCACGGAAGUUACAGAAGAGGAACUUGAGGCGUACAGGAGAAACCGAAUGGCUGGUGCGGAAGAUCCAAUGUUCAGCUACAAAGACCGAGAAGGAGACUAUGAAUAUGUCUAG